AUGGAUAAUGAAGAGAGAGCUCAAUUAGAAACUGGAUACAAAAAAGAGAUGGAAAGCCUAAAGGAGGAUGUAGCAAGGCUUACUAGUCUGCUCGAGCAAGCUUUGAAAUCCAAAUCUGGAGAAGGGACAUCUUCUCAACCAUCGUUCACAGCUCAAUUCCAACCAAUGCCUACAGCUUCCUUCAUUCCGCCAUCAGAACCUCAUGAUGUGGAUCAUUUCCUGCCUGCUCAACCAGCAUUCCCGAUAAGGAUUCCCCAUAUUGUUCCAAGAGAAGAGGAGCCCCAAGGGGAUAGGACGGUGGAAGAGGAUGGUCAGGAGAAACUAGCUGCUUUAGAAGAAAGAAUGAGGGUCAUCGAAGGAAACAAUUUGUAUGACCCGGUAAAAGCUGCCGAAAUGUGUUUAGUGCUUAAUGUGGUUAUUCCCAGGAAAUUCAGAGUACCAGAGUUUGUCAAGUAUACUGGAACUCAAUGCCCAAUAACUCAUCUUAAAGCAUAUUGUAAUAAGAUGGCGGAGGUGGUUCAUGAUGAGAAGUUAUUGAUCCAUUUCUUCCAGGACAGUCUGAGUGAUGCUGCUCUUGCCUGGUAUAUGCGUUUAGAUAACAUUAAGAUUAAAAGUUGGAAGGACUUGGUGGAUGCAUUUAUUAAGCAAUAUAAGUUUAAUAUGGAUAUUGCCCCAGAUAGAUCAAGUCUACAAGCUAUGGAAAAGGGUAAUAAAGAGUCUGUAAGAGAGUAUGCCCAAAGAUGGCGCGAGGCAGCUGCACAAGUUAACCCUCCGUUGCUAGAGAGGGAAAUGACGGGUUUAUUUUCCAACACUUUCAAAGCCCCGUAUUUUGAGUACUUGGUUGGUAGUGCCGCACAAAAUUUUUCUGAUCUGGUUUUCAUAGCUGAAAGGAUCGAACAUGCUAUUCGAGGGGGAAGAAUUGUAGAUCCAAUUGAAAAAAGAGGUUUUGUGGGAAGGAAGAAAGAAUCAGAAAUUCAUAAUGUCGAGAGGGAAGGAAGAGGAAGGAAAGUUUACCAAGACAAUUAUAACUUCAAAACCGUCACACCCACUCCUUCCAUAUCCAACAUAAAGUUUGCUUCACCUACCCAUAACCAAAAUAACCCUGUGAACAACCAAAACAACAAUAUCUAUCGCCCAAGAAGAAAUUUCUUGGAAGAACAAGUACAACUUCCGCCAUUGCCUUUAACUCUCGCUGAAAUGCAUAAAAGGCUCCUAAGCAUCGGCCAAAUAACACUUGUUCCUUUACCCCCUUUACAGCCACCAUUCUCUGCUUGGUAUAAACAUGAUCAAAGAUGUGAAUACCAUGCCGGUGCUCCUGGUCAUAACAUUGAUGGAUGUAUUGCAUUCAAAAGGAAAAUACUCCAACUUAUCAAAGCGGGGUGGAUUUCCUUUGAUGAUUCCCCGAAUGUAAAAUCCAACCCUUUACCAAACCACGCUUCAGGAAGUGGGGAAGUCAAUAGCUUGGAGGUAAAAAAAGAGGGUAAAACAAUGCUGAAAGUCACAAUAAAUAGUUUGUAUGAGAUGUUGAAACAAGCUGGGUAUCUCAAAAUACCAGUCAAUGUGCAAGUUAUAAGAGGCAUGAGCGAAUACUGCAAAUAUCAUCAGCAAUUUGGACACAAUAUAGACUCUUGUGAGGAGUUUAAUUGUGAGGUGGAAAGCAUAAUGACACGUGGGGUGUUGAGAUUAAUGAAACAUGAAGAAGAUGACUUGGUAAGAACAUUGACUGGUUAUGGCAAUAAGGAGGAAGUUUGUCGAUAUCAACCAACUGAAAGGGGUCCCCCUAAAAUGAUCCUAACCAAGCCUUCGAAUACUGCUAGCGGAAAUUAUAAUGCCUUGCCUUAUAAUUAUGGUUAUUCCUUUUGUAGCCCAAGUCUUACCCCAGUCUUCAACGCCGAGGUAGGAGGACUCACUAGAAGUGGGAGAUGCUUUACUCCCGAAGAGUUAGAAAACCAUAAAAAGGAUAAAGGGAAGAAUGUGGUAGAGACGGAGGAAGUUAAUAAGCCAGUAAGUGAUGAAAAAGCUAAUGAGUUUUUGAAAUUGAUGAGGCAUAGUGAAUAUAGUAUGGUGGAACAGCUUAAAAAGACGCCGACUAGGAUUUCCUUGUUGUCACUGAUAUUAAGUUCAGAACUCCAUCGGAAUGCCCUUCAAAAGGUUCUCAACGAGGCAUAUGUUCCUCAAGACAUCACAUAUGAUUCUAUAGAGCAUUUAGUGGGUAGAAUUCAAGCCAUCAACUAUCUUUACUUCACCGAUGAUGAACUUGAUCCUGAGGGGGCUGGCCAUAAUAAGCCGUUGUACAUCACCAUAAAGUGCAAGGAUUGUGUUAUUGCGAAGGUGCUCAUAGAUAAUGGAUCUGCUUUAAAUGUGUUACCAAGAAAUGUGCUGGAUAAAAUGCCUGUUGAUGCUUCUCACAUGAAGCCCAGUACCAUGACUGCUAGAGCAUAUGAUGGGUCACCUGGACCAAUCAUCGGGAAUAUUGAUGUUGAAUUGGUUAUUAGCCCUCAGCCAUUCCAAGUAACGUUGCAAGUAAUGGAUAUCCAUCCAUCAUACAGUAUUUUGUUAGGGAGGCCUUGGAUCCAUGUAGCCCGAGCCGUCACAUCUUCUUUGCAUCAGCGGCUUAAAUUCAUCAUCAAUGGGAAUUUGGUGACAGUGAGAGCUGAGGAAACUCUGUCAGUGAUGAGAAAUAUAUCAGUCCCUUACAUAGAAGUUGACGGAAGUACAGAUGGAAAUCUGCAUGCGUUUGAGGUGGUAAAUGCCGAAUGGGUACCUGAGAAUACAGUACGAAGGAAACCAGAGGUUUCUGAGGCCGCAAGGAUGGCUGCUAAAUAUUUUCUGAAGCACGGACUGCCAUUCCGGUAUGACCCUAUCACAGGAAUGCCUGAGAGGAUCAACGUAAUAAAGAGGAAAUGUGCCGAUCAGAGGUUUGGUUUAGGUUUUAAACCUAGAAAGGAAGAUUUCAAGAGAGCAGCUGAGUUUAAAAGAGAAAGGAGGAUGGCUCGAAUCGAAGGAAGGGAGCCUAAUGAAGACCGAAUCCAGAUCCCUCCAAUCCACAUAACAUUCCCACGACCUGCAUAA